UCUGUGUAUAACAUUGCGUUUUUAUUCACAUACGAAACAUACAUACUUAUGUAUGUAUUUUUAAUUGCGAAAUAUUUUGUUUACAUUUCGAAUCUUUAGUGUGGUUUCUAAAUUUCGACUUUUGUGUGCGCAAAAUUUUUUUGGAUUCUACAAAUAUAUGUAUUGCGUUCAAACUUUGUGUAUUUGUUGAAAGUUUCAAUUGAAUUGAAUACACAUUCAAAUUAAAUAACCCAUCAAUAGUGAUCUAAUACUGCAGUGUAUAAUGAAAUCCUAAUUAGAUCUCCAAAAUGAAACCGAUUUUUAAUCAGAUCCGCUGCGAUCAGUUAAGUGGUGAAGAACGUGCCGUAUAUGAUAAUUUACAAACCGAUAUUUGUGCCAUUGAUCGUAACAAGUAUGUUUUAACCUGCUGUUCUAUAUUUAUACUGAUUGUGGCUUGCAUUUAUAUCUGGAGAAAAUAUGAAAAGUGCCAUAAAACUUUGCUAGCAUUUCACAAUUUGCGCGCAGCUGUUUCGCUACUUCUACUGGCCGUUAAUAGUCUCGAGCUGGCCAGAAGUCUGCUGCCCCAACGCAAUGUCGACCAGCUGAACCUGCUCUUUGACUCGACGCCCAUGGAGCUGAAUGUUAUGAUUGUCAUCGGUGCUGGCGCCGUGUGGAACGCUCUGGCCGCCAUUCUGUUGACAAUUAUGCUAAUGUGCUAUCAUCGCCUGCUCGAGCGCAAAAAAGUGACAGUCUUUUUGUAUGGCAGCAUUGCCGUGGAACUGUUGAUUUUCAUCUUGCGAAUCUAUGAAUUGGCCGAGGUGGCAUACUAUGAGGAUUUCUUCGAACUGGAAUCCAGUCUGGCCACCAUCUCUGUACUGAGUUUAUUGACAUUGGCGAUAUUUGAUGGCUUCACAAUAUAUAAAGAGCGCUAUCGGGAUGACUAUCUGGAUAAUUAUGAUCGCAUCGGCUAUAAGCAUUCAAUCGCCACGUUCUAUUCAAAGACCUGCUUCUGGUGGCUAACUCCUCUGCUCUGGCUUGGCUAUAAGGAACCUCUUGAGCUGGAAGAUCUUGGACAUAUGCGAUUGGAAGAUAGUGCAAGGGCACACUAUGAUCGAUUUUUGUAUAUCUACACGGAGAAAGUGAAAAAAUCGAGUGUGCCGCCAUCUUUGUGGUAUUGCUAUAUAAAGAACAGUUGGCGCAUGUUUGCAUUGGGCGGCAUUUUAAAGUUGGCCGGUGAUUUAUUUGCAUUGAUUGGUCCUCUUGCCAUACAGCAAAUAGUGCAAUAUAUUGAGGGACUCUAUGCGGCGGCCCAGGAGCACGAACAGGAGACCCAAACUGGAAUGGGUAACCCUAAUGCGGCCACAGAUGUUGCUGCUGAUGAUGUUUACUAUGACAGUAUGGGUAUUGGCAUUGGCGAUGUGAGAAUUUACUAUGCCAGAUGGUUGGAUUUGUUAACAAAUGGCUGGAGCAUUGCUUGGCUCGUAUUGUUGGCCGCAUUGGCACAGGCCGCAUUGUCACAGGCCUCCACGCAUGUGCUCAAUAUGACGGGCAUCAGGAUUAAAACAUCGCUACAGGGUCUAAUUUAUCGCAAAAGUUUGCUUCUAAAUGCCAGCAGCGGUUGUGGCAACAAUGCUGCUGAUGUUCCUUCUGCCUAUGCUGUGGACAGUGAUGGUGAUGAUGGCAAUCCUGCCGCAGUCCCUGCUACUCCUGUUACAGCUCCUCCGGCUGCUCCUGCUACUGCUGUUGCUGCUGAUGUGCAACAAAAUGGCGACAUUAAGUUGACUCCCAAUGAUAAGCCUGCAGAGGUGGAUGCCACACAACAAACGGAGCGUUCAGGCGGCCUACAUGAUAUUGGCGCCAUCACGAAUCACAUGACGGAGGACACACUCAACAUUAUGCAAUUCUUUUGGAUCUCUCACUACGCCUGGGCUAUACCAUUCAAGAUAGCCAUUGUCAUCUACUUGUUGUAUCUGAAGCUGGGCAUAAGUGCGGUGAUUGGGGCCAUUGUGUGUAUUGUAAUUAUGACGCCGUUGCAGUUUCUCAUCGGGAAUGCAAUGUCCAAGAAUGCCGAUGUGAUAGCGCAAUACACAGACGAGCGCUUGAAGCAAAUACACGAUACCUUGAUAGGGAUUAAGAUCAUCAAGCUGAAUGCUUGGGACGAGGUGUUUCUGCGAAAAAUACAAGCGGCGCGUAAGAAGGAGCUCAAGUAUCUCAACAAGGAUGCCAUGUACUGGACAUUUAUGACGAUAUUAACGCACAUUUCCACAGUAUUAAUCACCCUGGUCACGUUGGCAAUUUAUGUUUGCCUGCCACAGGAUUCACGUCUAAGUUUCAAUGCCAGUCACCUCUUCUCGGCUUUGGCACUGUUUCAGCAGCUCACCGUACCCCUGUUGAUUUUCCCCAUAACGGUGCCAAUAAUCAUAGCUGCAAGGGUGUCUACACGUCGUCUGGAACGCUUCCUGCAUGCGCCCGAGAUUCAGAAGCAGUUCGAGGGCAUCAGAAACAUGGCUCGCAUCCUCAGCAAAAGUGACGCAUCCUUGGACAUGUACGAGACGCAGGAGAAGUCAAAUAUGACACUACGCACGGCCCAGGCGGAGAAUAAGCUCAAUGAGCAGCGUCUGGCGUUGCGCUUACGCAUUCCUGACCAGCCUCCAUCGCCGGCGCCAUUAGCGCAAUCGGAGCCUAUCACCCCACUGCUGCAGGGAAGCGGAGAUCCACCGGAAGACAAGUCACCAGCAUCGUUCACUCAUGAAUUGGGACACAGCAGACUCGUCCAGCAACGUCGCGAGCUGCUACGCAACACACCUUAUGUGGCCAUCCGGCCUCCUAAACUUUUUGGCGGCACCGCUGAGAAACCGCUUGAGUUCUCUGUGAUUCGCGCCAGAAAUACUGAUAGCUGGCGUCGAGAUUCGCUGCUGCUCAAGAUGCCCGAUGAUAUUGCCGUAUCCAUCAACGACGGUCUCUUCAGCUGGCAGCCACAGCGUCAUAUGCCCCUUGUUCAGCUGCAUAUCCAAGAAAUGGCCAUACCCAAGGGCAAGUUGACUAUCAUUGUGGGCAAGAAUGGCAGCGGCAAGACUUCGUUGCUCUCGGCGUUGCUCAUGGAGAUGCCUCUGCUUGGCGGAAAUAUGUUUUGGCACAAAAACUGUACCAUCUCAUAUGUGCCCCAAUGUCCUUGGUUGCUGAACGACACCAUACGUGAAAAUAUACUUUUUGGAGAGUCAUUUCGACCGAAACGUUAUGAUUUUGUGUUAAAUGCGUGCGCACUAAAACCGGAUAUUGAGCUAAUGCCGACCGGCGAUUUUACGAUAAUCGGCGAGCGUGGCAUCAAUCUAUCCGGCGGACAGAGGCAACGGAUUGCCAUAGCACGUGCAAUUUAUUCAUCGGCGAACGUCGUCAUAAUGGACGAUCCACUGUCAUCGCUGGACAAUGAGGUGGGAAACCAUGUUUUCGAGCAAUGUGUGCGUCAAAUGCUAUUGAAGUCGAACCGCAGCAUCAUCCUGGUGUCACAGCAAUUACAGUUGGUAAAGGAGGCGGAUUAUUUAAUUGUGAUGAAAGAUGGCCGACUGCAAGCUUGUGGGAGUUAUAAGGAUAUUGAGCUGAAGCAGCCGCACAUAAUCGCCAAAUGGAACUCGAUAAUUGCUAAGGCAAACGCAAAUGCAAAGGACCACCAACAAAAUAAUGCCGAGCGUACGGCACGUGAACGAUGGAAACUGUUUAAGAACGUAAGCAAAUUGGGAUUGCAGCGUUCAAUUUCAGUGACGUCGGAAGCAGGUAAUGACUCGGAAGUGGAUGCAACCGAUGGCAACACCUCUUUCAUGGAGAUUAACAAUGCACUCAGCAGCGCAGUCGAGGAACACGAAGAUGAGGAUGAUGACAUUCCUGCGUCGCUGUCGUUGGCCAGUGUAAGCAGCUGCGGCUUGCAAUCGGCUGGCAGCUUCAAUCUACAUCGCAAACGUUCCAGUGUUUAUGGCUCGCGGCAUCUCAUAUACGAUGUGCCGCUACCCAUUGACGAGUGCCAAGCAGAUGAUGUCAUUAUGCGACCGCGCCGUCGAGCCGCAUUGCAACGCCGUGGCAGCAGUGCCAAGUCCACGAACUCGUGGCAUCGACUGAGCGGACUCAGUACGGCGACGGCCACAUCGACCUCCAGUACGAACAGCGGUGAUCUGUUGCGUCGCAGUGUAUUGACUGCCAGCUGCAGUAGCUAUGCAGAUAGCAGUGUUGAUGGUGGAGAUUCGGUUAGUGGAGCAAUCACACCACCGCCACAGCCACCGCAAUUGCCGGCUGAACAGACUCCUCGGGCACAGUCGUGGCAGCCGACGCAGAAAUUGCAUCAUCCACAGGUGACACGCAAUGUCUCAUCGCCGCCGGCCAUGGAGGCAACGGCAUCCGCUGAUGAGGCACAGGCAAACACAGCAGCAACAACAACAAUGGGAGACACGGCAGCAGCUGCACAAACUCGUGGCAGCUUUCAGCAAUUUCUGCGCCGCAUGUCUAUGCGACGUUCUAAUAAACCAAAGCAUCAUCACCGUCCGCUCAGUGCGACCAAUUCAAUUCGGAGUAUAUCUGAGGAGUCGAGUGCCGCCGCUGCUCUUUUGCCAACUACUGGAGAACUAAGUUCAGUGCCAUCGUCGCCUGUCGUUGACAUAUCCAAUCCGCAGGCAACAACAAACUCCGAUUGUGAGACAAAGAUGCACAAAGAUGCGCCUCAUGCACCGCCAACUCCUCCUGUGAAGCAUGUUAAAAUCGAUUUCAAUGCGUUGCCGACAAAUGGACGUAACAAUAACAAUAACAAUGAUGACAACGGCGAUGACAUGUCAGACGUGGCGUCACUCUCGUUGCAGCCAGCUCAGCCUGAGAAGCACAAAGAUGAAGCGGAAGGGGAAGGGGAACGGAAGCUGGAACGUGAGGCACACGAUGAGGUAGUGCAACGGUCAGGUGGUGUUGCAUCAACAAUGGGAGCAGCGACGACGACGGAUGCUGAACGCAAAUAUGGACAAAUAUCGCAUCACAUAUAUUUGCUGUACAUGCGCGCCUCCGGUUUGCCCAUAAUCAUUGGCUUUUUUAUUACCGCACUAAUUUGGCAAUGUUUGCGUGUCUACACGGACGUUUGGCUGCAACACUGGAGCGACCAUGUGCCACCGAAUGUGGCACAGCAUCAGCAGCAGCAGCAGCAACAGCAACAGCAGAGUCAGUUCAAUCCAACGAUGGGCAUGGAUAUGGACAACGACGAAGUCACGUACUAUUUUCGCAUGUAUGCAACAAUUUCGUGUGUUUGCAUUAUAAUGGCCAUGAUAUCAACACCGGCCGGACAAUGGGCCGGCUGUAAUGCCCGUCGUAAUUUGCACGAUAAACUGUUGCAAACGAUUUUGCAUAAAACUUUGCAUUUUUUUCAAGUGACUCCGCUCGGUCGCAUUGUGAAUCGUUUCAGUAACGAUAUGGCGAUCAUUGAUAAGAAAAUCGCUGCAACCAGUCAACGCUUGCUGCAAUUCUCGUUGCUCUGCCUGUUUGCCAUAUUGAUAAAUGUGAGCAUUACACCCUGGUUUCUGGCCCUCACCCUGCCCAUUUGUGGUGCCUACUAUGCCAUACAGAAGUUCUACAGGUGUUCGGCGCGCGAACUUCAACGGAUUGAGAACUCAACAAAUUCACCGGUCAUAUCGCAUCUAUCGGAGACAAUACAGGGUGUGACCACAAUACGUGCAUACAAUCAGCAGGCACGUUUCACCGAGAUCCUGUUCAAACGUCUUGAGGCGAAUACAAUUGCAUUCACCAUAUUGAAUACGAGUAAUCGCUGGUUGGGCAUAUCGUUGGAUUACCUGGGUGGCUGCAUUGUUUUUGUGGCCAUUGUAACGGCACUGGCGACGGCGAGCGUCAGUUGCAGCAACUACGCAAAGGAGGCGAUGACGUCCUCGUCGACGACGCCAGGAACUUAUGCCAUCAAUAAAAGCGCCAGCUCCAAGGAACUGACACCGACACCCUCGCUGGUCGGUUUGGCCAUAAACUACACGUUGUUGGUGCCGAUUUACCUUAAUUGGGUUGUAAAACUUUUGGCCGAUAUGGAGAUGUAUGCGGGCUCGGUCGAACGCAUUGCUCACUAUGCACAGCAGCAGCCAGAGCUCGAGCUCGAGCUUGAACCGGAGUCGGAGCCAGAGCCAGAGUCGGAGCGGGAGCCGGUGUCGGGGACAGAGAUGAAGGCGGAAACAGAGGAGCGACAUAAACAGGACGUUGUGGAAAUCAGCAAUGAAGUCGAUAGGUUGGCCUGCUGCUCGACGAAUCCUCGUGCCGUUGACAAAGUUUACCCAGGCGCAACGUCAGCUGCCGUUGAUGUUGAUGGAGACACAGCAGUUGGGUCGGCAGCAGCAGCGGAAGGAGAAGGAGAAAGAGGAGGAGGAGGUAGCUGCGAAGAUGCUGAUAAAUUAAAUGCAGGCAACGGCAAUGGCAACGUUAGCUGCAAUCACUUAAACUUCCACCCAGCGUCAGUUGUUGACAAGUUGCAGCAGGCGAGGACGUCGCCAACGAGAAUGAUUAAAGAUAAGAGAAUGACGCCACUUGACGACAAGGUCGCGUUAUCUAAUGAGCCAGUAAGGCGCAUCAAAACCUACCAAAGCGUUCCCAUCUCCUGGCCACAACGAGGCGACAUUAGUUUUGCGAAUGUCAGCUUGCGUUAUGAAGGACAAAGGCACAACGUUAUCAGCCACCUGAACUUGAAGAUUCCAGCGGGCCAAAGGAUUGGCAUCUGUGGCCGGACGGGCAGCGGCAAGUCGUCGUUGGCUUUAUCCCUGUUUGGAGUAUUACAGACGACAAGUGGACACAUUUGCAUUGAUGAUGUGGACAUUGAGCAGAUACGAGUGGACGAGCUGCGUACCAGAUUAUCGAUAAUUCCUCAGGAUGUGCAUUUGUUCAAUGCAACAAUUCGUGAAAAUCUCGAUCCGCAUGGUUAUUACUCGGAUUUGCAGUUGUGGAAUUGCCUGGAAUUGGCACAGCUCAAGGAGUUUGUCAACGUUCAGCUGCUUUUGGGUCUGGACACGGAAAUCACUGACGGCGGCAUCAGCCUCAGUGCUGGGCAUCGGCAAUUGCUCUGCUUGGCACGUGCCAUAUUGCGGGGCUCCGUUUGCCUCGUCCUGGAUGAAGCAACAAGUACUUUGGACAGCAGUACAGAGCGUGCUCUACUGAAGGCGGCAGACAAGGCCUUCCACGGCCGCACAAUUAUAACCAUUGCCCACCGACUGAGCACUAUUCUGGAUUAUGAACGCAUUAUAGUGCUGGAGCAGGGACGGAUCGUUGAGGACGGUAAUCCGCGACAGUUGCUGCAGCAAUCUAGCUCUAUAUUCCACGGACUGCUUAACAAGGGGGAUCAGUUGAAUGGCUGUCAAAGUUGCUGAUUGAAAGAAUGUUACUUUAUUGUAGUAUGUAAUUUGUAAUUGAAGUUAAAAGCUGUUGGAACUGGGGCGAAUGUACUUGUAUUUCCUUUGUAGUUGUGCGCCCGUGUGUGUCAAAUGUGAUUUUUAUCUAAUACGAGUGUGUAUAAAUAAUGUAUUUAUAUUUUGUAUUUUAUAUCUUAAAUUGUACUUUAUGGUACUUUGUGCAUUUUGUGCUUUUCAGUAUUCGCUCAUAUUUUUUACUCAAUAAAACAGAUGUCAAAAGCAAACAUUAAAUUCUUGUUGCA